UAAUACAGUGUUGUUGUGCGCUGCCACCGCGUUGCUAUGCAACCGUUUGGUCGAUAAUUUCCGAUUUACUCAAAACGUGCUUUGUUACACUAAGAUUUGAAUUCGUUAAUUUUUAUUGCGUUACAUUUAGUCCGAGGUCAUGCCGCCUAAAAAAGAAAAGGGCAAGAAACAGAAGCAAGAUGAAGCGGGGACCGCGCCCACAGUGACGGAGACGGAAAAAACAUUUUUUGAGUUAGAAAUAGCAGAUUGCAAUCGAAAACUCGCAAGACUUCGAGCCUCUAUCGAAGACUACGAGAUACGAAAUGAGGAGUUGCAGAAAGCUUACGAUAAGUUGGACGAAGACCGCGCAGAUAUUAUUGCAUAUCUGAAGAAGGUAAUUAAUACCAAAAAUGAUGAAAACGUUGAGCUAAAAGAAAAAGUUAAAGGCCUCGAGGAAAUCAGGGAAAUAGAAACGGCUAACUUUAAGAAGACAGUGUCUGAACUGGAAAGAAACUUCACAGUAAUGAAAGAACAGUUGACUUCUGAAAAUAAGUUAUUAGCAGGUAAAUUAAACACACUUGAAGAAUUUAGAUGUAUAAGAGAUGAUUUGAUGAAGAAGUACGAGAAACAGGAACAAGACUUUAAGGACCAAGAGAUGAAGUACAAAAGAAUUAUUUAUGACGCCGAGAAGAAAUUUGUAAUAGGUAAAGAUAAAUUAAAAAAGGAGAUGGAAGGCAGACUUUUACAAUUAGCCCAGGAUUUCCAAGAUGCGACUGAACUGAGAGUGGCGGCGUCCACUCACAGAGUGAUCAGGGAGAACAUAGCGAUCAAUAAUGAACUCGAUAACAUAUUGUCCGCGCAGUCGAAGUUAACUGAGCUAAAUGACAAAUACAGGGAAAAUGAGAGAAAUGCUCGCAUCGCUAUGGAACUAGCCGAAGAAGAAAGAGAUAAAGCUAUCAACAAAAAUAUCGUUCAAAAGAAAGUAAUCGAUCAGCUUACAUCGGCUUUCCAAAAUAUAAACAAGGAAAAGGCUCUCUUUGAAAAGAGAAACUAUGAUUUUGAAACAUUGCAAGCAAAGAUUCAGAAACUAACCAAAGAAAACGAGAACCAGUUGUUGCAAAUUCGUAUUCUAGAGCAAAAUCUUCACGCAAAAAUGACUGAAGAAAAUAAGUGUAUCGUGGAGACGUCUAAAGUUAACAAAGAAAAUGCAAAACUCAAGAGAAUACUUAAAGAAGCGGCUACAGCGAUCCAGGCAGCGUUGAAAUUAGACCAGUGGGCCAUCACGGACAAGAGUCGUGAUAUGAUGAAUAGAGAACUACUACUUUCACGUUUGUUGUCAAUUAUAAACCAGUAUCGUGAAUUGCAUAAAGCCGACUCGACUGAUACUCUCGCAUCUCUAACUAAAAUAUAUGAAGAAGGCGAUCUAGGAUUCGUCCCGAAACCUUAUUCGAAGAAAUCGAUGGGCUCCACAGUCGUUAUUACGAUAUCUAAAGAAACUGUCAGUGCUGAAAAAGAAAGCAGCGAGUCGAUGGCGGUGUCCUCAUCUACGAUAGGAAGCAUCAAAACGAUUCCAAGUAUGAAACUCAUCCCUCCUUCGUCGGUGCAGGACUUGGCCGUGAAACAGAGCAUUUCCUCGUUUGUGACGUCAUCUCAUUCUUCUGUCACUUCGGGAUCUUCCGAGAGAGACAAGGAAGGGUCUAGCGAUGACAUAGAGGCGCAGCUCGUUAAAAGUAAACUCGAAAUACAGAAGUCCAUAAUGAAAGACUUGGCGUCCCAAAGGAAGCUGAGCUCGCGAGCUAGGCUUUCCGAAGAGAAACAGAAAGUUACAAUGUCCAAGUCUGUUAUCUUUGAGGAAAAAGAAAAAGACUUUGAAAGCGUAGAGGGAGAAGGUAAAUCUCAGACGAUAGAGUCGGAGGCUGUGACAGGCGAGGCUGGGGGAGAGGAGGAGCAGCCCGCUAACGGAGAACAAGAUGAGGAGAAGCAGAAGGAGGAAGAGCCCAAGUGAACAGGUUUGGUACUUUCUGAUUUUCAUUUUAUUUUUUGUAACUUAUUGUUUAGAGAGGGAUACCUUUUUUGUUGUAAUAGCUGUUUAUCGUCUGUACUUUUAUAGUACCUACUUAAGUAUAUGUUAUUGAUUCUAUUUUGUUAAACAUAUUUUAGAAUAAAGUAUAAGAAGACAAAAUAUUUUAUUU